CUAGCGAGGAGGAGUUGAGAGAACGGAGCGGACGCCAUGGCGACCAACAUCGAGCAGAUUUUUAGGUCUUUCGUGGUCAGUAAAUUCCGGGAAAUUCAACAGGAGCUUUCCAGUGGAAGGAAUGAAGGCCAGCUCAAUGGUGAAACAAAUACACCUAAUGAAGGAAACCAGGCAGGUGAUGCAGCUGCCUCUGCCAGGAGCCUACCAAAUGAAGAAAUAGUUCAGAAGAUAGAGGAAGUACUUUCUGGGGUCUUAGAUACAGAACUACGAUACAAGCCAGACCUGAAAGAGGCCUCCAGAAAAAGUAGAUGUGUGUCAGUACAAACAGAUCCUACUGAUGAAAUUCCCACCAAAAAGUCAAAGAAGCAUAAAAAGCACAAAAAUAAAAAGAAGAAAAAGAAGAAAGAAAAGGAAAAAAAGUAUAAGAGACAGCCAGAAGAAUCUGAAUCAAAGGCAAAAUCACAUCAUGAUGGGAACAUAGAUUUAGAAUCGGAUUCGUUUUUGAAGUUUGAUUCUGAACCUUCCGCGAUGGCACUGGAGCAUUCUGUAAGAGCGUUUGGCCUUUCUGAGACCAGUGAAUCUUCUGCAGUUGUGUUAGAACCUCCUGUGGUAUCAAUGGAGGUAUCAGAGCCACAUACCUUAGAAACUCUGAAGCCAGCUACAAAAACUGCAGAACUGUCAGUUGCAUCAACAUCCGUAAUUUCAGUGCAGUCAGAGCAGUCUGUGGCAGUCACACUGGAACCACCCAUGACAAAGAUUCUGGAUUCUUUUACAAUGGCACCAGUGCCCACUACAACAGUCGUGCUAAAGUCAUCUGAGCCGGUUGUCACAAUGUCUGUGGAAUAUCAGAUGAAGCCUGUGCUGAAAUCUUUGGAUACCACACCUGCAGAGCAAUCAAAGAUGCUAGAACCGCCAGUAGCAAAAGGGCUAGAGCCAUCGGAAACCCUUGUGGUAUCAUCCGAGAUCACUGCUGAGGUGCACCCUGAGCCGAGUACAUCAACAACAGUGGAUUUUCCAGAGUCAUCUGCAACUGAAGUGCUCAGAUUGCCAGAGCAGCCUGUAGAAGUACCGUCGGAGAUCGCAGAUUCACCCAUGACAAGACCACAGGAGUUGCCGGAGUUGCCCAAGACCACAGCGUUGGAGCUGCCGGAGUCGUCGGUGGCCUCAGUGGUGGAGUUGCCGGGGCCACCUGCGACCUCCAAGCCGGAGUUGCAGGGGCCCCCUGUGACUCCAUUGCUGGAGUUACCUGGGCCCUCUGCUACCCCGUUGCCAGAGUUGCCAGGCCCCCUUUCUACCCCAGUGUCUGAGUUGCUAGGGCCCCCUGCGACAGCAGUGCCUGAGUUGCCGGGGCCCUCUGUGACAUCAGUGCCACAGUUGUCGCAGGAAUUGCCAGGGCUUCCGGCACCAUCCGUGGGGUUGGAGCCACCACAGGAGGUACCAGAGCCACCUGUGAUGGCACAGGAGUUGCCAGGGCUGCCUGCGGUGACAGCAGCAGUAGAGUUGCCAGGGCAGCCUGCGGUAACGGUAGCAAUGGAGUUGGCCGAACAACCUGUGACGACGUCAGAGUUGGAGCAGCCUGUGGGGAUGACAACGGUGGAACAUCCUGGGCAGCCUGAGGUGACGACGGCAGCAGGGUUGCUGGGGCAGCCUGAGGCAGCGAUGGUGCUGGAGUUGCCAGGACAGCCAGUGGCAACGACAGCGCUGGAGUUGCCAGGGCAGCCUUCGGUGCCUGGGGUGCCAGAGUUGCCAGGGCUGCCUUCGGCAACUAGGGCGCUGGAGUUGUCAGGGCAGCCUGUGGCAACUGGGGCACUGGAGUUGCCUGGGCAGCUCAUGGCAACGGGGGCACUGGAGUUCUCGGGGCAGUCUGGGGCAGCCGGAGCCCUGGAGCUUUUGGGGCAGCCUCUGGCAACAGGGGUGCUGGAGUUGCCAGGGCAGCCUGGGGCGCCAGAGUUGCCUGGGCAGCCUGUGGCAACUGUGGCGCUGGAGAUCUCUGUUCAGUCUGUGGUGACAACAACGGAGCUGUCAACGAUGACCGUGUCGCAGUCCCUGGAGGUGCCCUCGACGACAGCGCUGGAAUCCUAUAAUACGGUAGCACAGGAGCUGCCUACUACAUUAGUGGGGGAGACUUCUGUAACAGUAGGAGUGGAUCCCUUGAUGGCCCAGGAAUCCCAUAUGUUAGCUUCUAACACCAUGGAGACCCAUAUGUUAGCGUCCAACACCAUGGACUCCCAAAUGCUAGCAUCCAACACCAUGGAUUCCCAGAUGCUAGCGUCCAACACCAUGGAUUCCCAGAUGUUAGCCUCUAGCACCAUGGACUCCCAGAUGUUAGCAACUAGCUCCAUGGACUCCCAGAUGUUAGCAACUAGCUCCAUGGACUCCCAGAUGUUAGCAACCAGCUCCAUGGACUCUCAGAUGUUAGCAACCAGCUCCAUGGACUCCCAGAUGUUAGCAACCAGCUCCAUGGACUCCCAGAUGUUAGCAACCAGUUCCAUGGACUCUCAGAUGUUAGCAACCAGCUCCAUGGAUUCCCAGAUGUUAGCUACCAGCACUAUGGAUUCCCAGAUGUUAGCGACCAGCACCAUGGACUCCCAGAUGUUAGCUACUAGCUCUAUGGAUUCUCAGAUGUUAGCAUCAGGCACUAUGGACUCUCAAAUGUUGGCCUCCGGCACCAUGGAUGCUCAGAUGUUAGCAUCUGGUACCAUGGAUGCCCAGAUGUUAGCAUCUAGUACCCAAGAUUCUGCUAUGUUGGGUUCAAAAUCUCCUGAUCCCUACAGGUUAGCUCAGGAUCCUUACAGGUUAGCUCAGGAUCCCUAUAGGUUAGGUCAUGACCCUUACAGGUUAGGUCAUGAUGCCUACAGGUUAGGGCAGGACCCAUAUAGAUUAGGCCAUGAUCCCUACAGACUAACUCCUGAUCCCUAUAGGAUGUCACCUAGACCCUAUAGGAUAGCACCCAGGUCCUAUAGAAUAGCCCCCAGGCCGUACAGGUUAGCACCAAGACCCCUGAUGUUAGCAUCUAGACGUUCUAUGAUGAUGUCCUAUGCUGCAGAACGUUCCAUGAUGUCAUCUUACGAACGCUCUAUGAUGUCCUAUGAGCGGUCUAUGAUGUCCCCUAUGGCUGAGCGCUCUAUGAUGUCAGCCUAUGAGCGCUCUAUGAUGUCAGCUUAUGAGCGUUCUAUGAUGUCCCCUAUGGCUGAGCGCUCUAUGAUGUCAGCUUAUGAACGCUCUAUGAUGUCAGCUUACGAGCGCUCCAUGAUGUCCCCAAUGGCUGACCGAUCUAUGAUGUCCAUGGGUGCCGACCGGUCUAUGAUGUCGUCCUACUCUGCUGCUGACCGGUCUAUGAUGUCAUCGUACUCUGCAGCUGACCGAUCUAUGAUGUCAUCUUACACUGCUGAUCGUUCAAUGAUGUCUAUGGCAGCUGAUUCUUACACCGAUUCUUAUACUGAUACAUAUACGGAGGCAUAUAUGGUGCCACCUUUGCCUCCUGAAGAGCCUCCAACAAUGCCACCAUUGCCACCUGAGGAGCCACCAAUGACCCCACCUUUGCCUCCUGAGGAGCCACCGGAGGGUCCAGCAUUACCUACUGAGCAGUCAGCAUUAACAGCUGAAAAUACUUGGCCUACAGAGGUACCAGCAUUACCUCCUGAAGAGUCUGUAUCACUGUCUGAACCUUCUGUGAGUCAAAGUGAGAUUUCAGAGCCUUCGACAUUGCCUGCUAAUUAUUCAGUGUCAGCAUCAGAUCCUUCAGUGUUAGCAUCAGAGGCUGCUGUUACUGUUCCAGAACCACCAUUAGAGCCAGAGUCUUCGGUUACAUCAACACCCAUAGAGUCUGCGGUAGUAGCAGAAGAGCAUCAAAUUGUUCCAGAGAGACCAGUGACUUACAUGGUAUCUGAAACUCCCAUGAUGUCAGCUGAACCAACUGUAUUAACAUCAGAACCUUCAGUUAUGUCUGAGACAGCAGAAACUUUUGAUUCCAUGAAAGCUUCAGGACAUGUUGCCUCAGAGGUAUCUCAGUCCCUCCUGGAGUCAGCUGCGACUAAUCCAGAGCCAUCACAGAGCGCUCUAGAGCUGCCAGCCAUGGCUGUCUCAGAGCUACCAGCUGUGGCUGUCCCAGAGCCACCAACUGGGACUGUUCCAGAGCCCCCAGCUGUGACUGUCUUGGAGACCCCAGCCAUGGCUAUCCCGGACCCAACAGCUAUGGCUGUCCCAGAGACUGUGGCCUUGGCUGAGUCAGAGAAUGUUACCAUUUCUGUGCCAGUUGUUUCUGCCCUGGAGCCUAGUGUGCCUGUCCUGGAACCAGCAGUGUCAGUCCCUCAGGCUAAUGCAGUUGUUUCAGAACCAUCUGUUUCAGUGCAAGAAUCCACUGUGAUAAUUUCAGAGCCUGCUGUCACUGUCUCAGAACAGACCCAGAUAAUACCGACUGAGAUAGUUGCAGAGUCUACACCAAUGAUACUGGAGUCUGAUGUUAUAAAAGGAGUGAAUUUACUAUCUGGUGAUCAAAGUCUUACUCCAGAGAUUGGCAUGCAGGAGAUUCCCAUGCAUUCAGAUGAAGAGCUGCAUGCUGAAGGACACCUGAAGAAUGACCCUUAUGAAAGUGAUCAUGGUACAAAUAUAGACCUUAACAUAAAUAAUCACUUAGUUGCUAAAGGGAUGGAACAUGACACAGUGUCUGCUGCCGCCACUGGUGCUGUUGGUGAAAUUGGUGAAGGGAAUAUUUUAUCCAUCGGUGAGACUAAACAAUGCACAGUAUUGGAUACAUGCUCUAGUGUUAGCGAAGCUGAUGGAGGAACUCUAUCUUCUGCUGGUCCCUUUGCUCUUGAACCUGAUGCAGUGGGAACCAGUAAGGGUAUUGAAUUUGCUACAGCAUCUGCUCUCACUUCAGUUAGUAAAUAUGAUGUUGAAGUAUCUUUAACCACUCAAGAUACUGAACAUGACAUGAUAAUUUCCACUAGUCCCAGUGGUGGUAGUGAAGCUGACAUAGAGGGACCUUUGCCUGCUAAAGACAUUCAUCUCGAUUUAUCAUCUAAUAACUUUAUUAGUAAGGAUGCAGAAGGACCAUUACCUAUAAAAGAGUGUGACCAGACAUUAACAGUUGCUCUCAGCCCUAAAGAAAGUAGUGGAGAAGAUAAAGAAGUACCUCUCCCUACUAAAGAGAUACUCUCUGAUUCAGGAUUUUCUGCCAAUAUUGAUGAUAUUAAUGAAGCAGAUUUAGUGAGACCAUUACUUCCUAAGGACAUGGAACGUCUUACAAGCCUUAGAGCUGGUAUUGAAGGACCUUUACUUGCAAGUGAGGUUGAACGUGACAAAUCUGCUGCCAGUCCAGUCGUAAUCAGUAUACCAGAAAGAGCUUCAGAGUCCUCUUCAGAGGAAAAAGAUGAUUAUGAGAUUUUUGUAAAAGUUAAGGACACACAUGAGAAAAGUAAGAAAAACAAGAACCGGGACAAAGGUGAGAAAGAAAAGAAAAGAGACUCCUCAUUAAGAUCUCGAAGUAAGCGUUCCAAGUCUUCUGAACAUAAAUCACGCAAGCGUACCAGUGAAUCUCGUUCUAGGGCAAGGAAGAGAUCAUCGAAAUCUAAGUCUCAUCGCUCUCAGACACGUUCAAGGUCACGUUCAAGACGCAGGAGGAGGAGCAGCAGGUCAAGGUCAAAGUCCAGAGGAAGGCGAUCUGUAUCAAAAGAGAAGCGUAAAAGAUCUCCAAAGCACAGGUCUAAGUCUAGGGAAAGAAAAAGAAAGAGAUCAAGUUCCAGGGAUAACCGGAAAACAGUUAGAGCUCGAAGUCGCACCCCAAGUCGUCGGAGUCGGAGUCACACUCCUAGUCGGCGAAGAAGAUCUAGAUCUGUGGGGAGGAGGAGCUUUAGUAUUUCCCCAAGCCGCCGCAGCCGCACCCCAAACAAGGCUCAAUUACUUGAAAUAGCCAAAGCUAACGCAGCUGCCAUGUGUGCUAAGGCUGGUGUUCCUUUACCGCCAAACCUAAAGCCUGCACCUCCACCUACAAUAGAAGAGAAAGUUGCUAAAAAGUCAGGAGGAGCUACCAUAGAAGAACUAACUGAGAAAUGCAAACAGAUCGCACAGAGUAAAGAAGAUGAUGAUGUAAUAGUGAAUAAGCCUCAUGUUUCGGAUGAAGAGGAAGAAGAACCUCCUUUUUAUCAUCAUCCCUUUAAACUCAGUGAACCCAAACCCAUUUUUUUCAAUCUGAAUAUUGCUGCAGCAAAACCAACUCCACCAAAAAGCCAGGUAACAUUAACAAAAGAGUUUCCUGUGUCAUCUGGAUCUCAACAUCGAAAAAAAGAAGCAGAUAGUGUUUAUGGAGAGUGGGUUCCUGUAGAGAAAAAUGGUGAAGAGAACAAAGAUGAUGAUAAUGUUUUCAGCAGCAAUUUGCCCUCUGAGCCUGUGGACAUCUCUACAGCAAUGAGUGAACGGGCACUUGCUCAGAAAAGACUAAGUGAGAAUGCAUUUGACCUUGAAGCCAUGAGCAUGUUAAAUCGAGCUCAGGAAAGGAUUGAUGCCUGGGCUCAGCUGAACUCCAUUCCCGGCCAAUUCACCGGAAGUACAGGAGUACAGGUUCUGACACAAGAACAGUUGGCUAAUACUGGUGCCCAAGCCUGGAUUAAAAAGGGCCAAAUCCUUGUAGCUGUCUUCUUGCCCCGGUCAGUGCCAGCCCUACUAUUCACAACACUGCUGCUACCGAGGCCUAGGUAUCUAAGAAGAGAUACCAGUCUUGUUGCAGUAGGAGAAAGAGCACAAAAGAGGUCUGGGAACUUCUCUGCUGCAAUGAAAGAUCUGUCAGGCAAACAUCCUGUGUCUGCUUUGAUGGAAAUCUGUAAUAAGAGAAGGUGGCAACCACCAGAAUUUCUCUUGGUCCAUGAUAGUGGCCCUGAUCAUCGCAAACAUUUUCUCUUUAGGGUAUUGAGAAAUGGAAGCCCUUACCAGCCCAAUUGUAUGUUUUUCUUGAAUAGGUAUUGA